AUGUCCUUCGCCCGCGCCGCGUCGAAGGUCAGCCGAGUGGGCGUGCGAGUCCCGGCCUACCGAGCAACCCCCGUUGCGUUGAACACCCAGCGUGCUUUCUCGCAGUCGGCUAUCCGCAAAAGCGAUGCGCAUGCCGAGGAAACCUUCGAGGAGUUCACCGCUAGGUACGAGAAGGAAUUCGAGAAGGUGAACGACGUUUUCGAGCUUCAGCGAAACUUGAACAACUGCUUCGCUUACGAUCUCGUCCCCUCAACUACCGUCAUCACCGCCGCUCUCCGCGCUGCCAGGCGUGUCAACGACUUCCCCUCCGCUGUCCGUGUUUUCGAGGGUAUCAAGUUCAAGGUCGAGAACAAGGGUCAAUACGCAGAGUACCUUCAGGAGCUCGAGCCCAUACGUGAGGAGCUCGGCAUUCCCCUCAAGGAGGCCUUGUACCCCGAUGAGAAGUAG